GGCAAGGAACUGGCUGAGUGGAGGCGACGCCCUCACUUUCUCCGCUGCCGAGUUUUGCCCUCUUACUUUGAGCGCGUGUUUGUGUGUGUCUCUCUCUGUGUGUGUUUAUGUGAACACGAAGGCAGCGGAUGUCAGGCUGCACCGGCGCCCAGUGUUGAUGAAAACUCUCUGGAUUCUUUCAAGCAUGCCCACUUCUCCACAUUCAAAGGCGCGCCUGACCGAAAAUCCUGUCGAGAUGCUGUAAAGCCUCUCAAAUCUCUUCAACGUGUCCACUUUUGUUAAAGGGAAUUGAAUGAUUGCUGCAAAAAAUCAGUAGCUCAGCAGUUGGUGGAUUAUGGGGACAACUGCCAGCGCUGCCCAGCAAGCCGUGUCCACAGGACCAUGCAGUGACAAUGGGCAGAGCAAUGGCACCACCGAUAGCAGGCGUUCCAUCAGUGUCAACUCCUUCCAGACUCUCAGCAUUCACAACAAGGCCAAAUCCAUCAUCACCAACAAGGUGGCACCUGUGUUGAUCACUUAUAACUGCAAGGAAGAGUUUCAGAUUCAUGAUGAUCUGUUCAAAGCAAAUUUUACUGUUGGGAGGAUUUCAGACAACUUACCAGAACAUCAUUUGGUUCAGGGAAAAUAUUUCAUGGUUUGUGACAUCUACAGCAAGAUUGACGUCUUGAACACCACAGGCAGCCAUGGAGUGCCCAACUUUAGACAGGCCAAGGGGAACUACCCAGUCUUUGGAAUGGGGCAACCCAGUCUUAAUGGUUUCCAAAAAGUUCUCCAGAUAUUUCAACAGGAAGGUUAUGAGGAAGUUCUGCACUUCUGCGUUCGAGAGGAGCCCGUGGUCUUCUUGCAUGUGGACAACGACUUUAUCCCAUACACCCCCAGACGGAAAGAAAAUCUUCACGAGAAUCUUCACAACCUGGGGAGAGAUGUGAAGGUGGAACAGCUGGAGCUGACCAUCAGGAAGGAGCUUUACAACUUUGCUCAACUGAAUGAUAAUAUCAACUAUGUCUAUAAUGACAUAGAACACUUCAAGGACGAGCCUCGAACCAUUUCUACCUGCUGUGUCGAGGACAUUCGUGUAACUGAAGAGGUUUACAAAAGAUCCCUCUUUGCUAAGCCUUCGUGCAGGUACCAUCGAUUGCCACUGUCCAUGGAUGGGCUGCAUCUACAAGCACAAAUAGACAACUUUAUUAAUACACUCAGGGAGACCCCAAAUCUCUUGCUCCUGCAGGACUCCAAAAGACCACCUCCUGCGUUAGUCUUCAGCUGUCAAGUUGGAGUUGGCCGGACAAAUUUAGCAAUGAUCCUGGGAAUUCUCGUGCUGUAUCACAGGACAGGCUUUCCUGAAAAGCUGGGAGCUGACCAGAACGGCAGUGUUAAAAAGAGGGAGCCAUUGCGGGUUAUACAAAACUUUGCCAAAGCCCUACCUAAAGGGCAACAAAUUGUGGAAGAGGUGGAUUCAGCCAUCGUACACUGUUCCGAAAUGCACGACAUUAAAGAAACAAUCUAUGAAUACAAGCAGAAGUUGGAGGCCAUUGGGGAGACUUGCCAGGUCCAGGGAAAUGGCACCAAGGAAUACUUUCUGCAGCGAGUACUACAGAGCACAGAGUGUUAUUUCUACCUUGUCAUUUUUAACUACUAUCUUCAUGAACAGUAUCCUUUGGCCUUUUCACUUAACUUCAGUAAGUGGACGUGCAGACACCCCUGGAUGUUCAGGCUCUUGGCUGGCAUGGAUGUGUCUGAGCUUACAGCACCUUGUGACUUGAUAACAAAAGGCAUCAGACUGUUGCAGAGUGCAAGCGAAGCUCCAGAUGUUCUCAGCACCGCGAGAGAAAUGAAAGUGGCCAAUUUUAGAAGGGUUCCAAAGAUGCCAAUCUAUGGCAUGGCACAGCCCAGUUUAGAGGCAUGUGGCUUGGUCCUGAGUUACCUGACGGAGAGCAAGAGGAACUACACCAACAUUCUUUGGAUGACUUUGCGAGACGAAGUGGUGCUGGAAGGGAACGGCCAAAUGUACACUCCCCGAGAACCAUCCUGCUUCGAACGGCCAAUCCGUGUACCUACAGAGUCACCAGAGCAAUUGGAGGAACUAGAGAGCAGCCUUAAAAAUGAGAUCCUGGCAUCGCAGAAGUUGCUUGAAGUGCGCGCUGGCCGGGAGAAGCAGAUGAAACUGUUUAAAAGCUGCCUCACCAUGCAGGAGAUAUUCAACCAGCUGAAAGGUUCCCAUCCAGGCCUGGUUUACAGACGUAUCCCCAUCCUGGACUGCGGCGCUCCGAGUGAAACGGACUUUGAUAAGUUGAUGGAAGCCGUAAAAAUGGUUUUGACCGAGGAUUCACGUUCAGCGGUUGUCAUUAACUGCCACAGUGGAAAAGGAAGGACAACAACGGCCAUGGUGAUCUCUGUGCUCAUUUUCUGGCACAUCAAGGGUAUUCCCGAAAACAGUGAGGAUGAACUUGUGAGUGUACCCGAUGCCAAAUACACAAAGGGAGAAUUUGAGGUUGUGAUGGAAAUCGUUCGACUCCUACCCGAAGGGCAUAAGAUGAAGCGGGAAGUGGACCUGGCGCUGGAUGCUGUGAACGAGACCAUGACCCCCAUGCAUUACCACCUGAGAGAGAUCAUCAUCUGCACUUACAGGCAGAUAAAAACAGCUAAAUCGGAAAAAGAAGUACAAUUGCUGCAACUACGAAGCCUGCAGUACCUUGAACGAUAUAUUUACCUCAUUCUCUUCAAUACCUACUUACAUCUUGAAAAGAAAGACACCUGGCAAAGACCUUUCAGCAUUUGGAUGCAUGAGGUUGCCGCGAAAGCAGGUGUUUAUGAGAUUCUGAAUCGCUUGGGAUUCCGUGAAUUGGACGAGCCUGAAAACAUGCCACUUUCAAGACUAUGCUACCGUUGGUUGCAACAAAGCACAAAUACACUUCCAUUCCGAGGAGAGUUUAUUUAGUUUGCGGACCAAUAAUUUACCAGUUGUACACAUUUACUUUCCCAAGGCUUUAGAAGUGCUUGAUUUAUCCUAACCAAAUAAUGCUGAAUAAGGUGGCAAAUGGGCUGUGGAGGGAAGCAGUAAGUGUGAUUAAUUCUGAGACUUUUGUAACAAAGAGCCAACACAGAGUAAUGUUUUAUGUUAAAAGAUCAAGUUGUCAUCAAGAAAUUUACAACACGAAACUCAGAGACUUCUUCAACCAAAACAAAAACAGGGCUUGAAUCACUCUCGUUAAGACAUACUGUUACUUCAUCCUUGGCAAUGGUCAAUUUAUUCAUUCUCUAACCAUAAUAAGGUAAUUUUGUCAGGCUUUCAUAGGUGAAUAUUACUAAACUGGUAUCCUAAUUAGAGGUAGCGUUAAAAUAUUCAACCACAGGGCAAAUAUGGAAUAUCAUUAAAUAAUGCCACUGAAAACAGCAUAUUCUGAAAGUCGAAUCCAUCAUUCCAUUGUUUCAAUUUUUAUCACGGAUCCACCCAUGCAUCCUUUAUUUUACAGGACUGCAAUGCACACAUAUUGUAAACCAAGCUAACUUUCUGAUACAUAUCACGUAUAUUGUAGGAAAGAACUGUAGAUGCUGGUUUAAAGCGAAGGUAGACACAACUCAGCGGGACAGGCAGCAUCUCUGGAGAGAAGGAAUGGGUGACGUUUCGGAUCGAGACCCUUCAUCAGACUUCAGCCUGAGUUACUCCAGCAUUUUGUGUCUACCUUCACGUAUAUUGUAGCUUGGAUUUUCAGAUCCAAACACUGCUGUGUAUUAAAUGCGGUACAUUAAAAUCCUCUGGAUACGUUGUACUUACUUAGCACAAGAUAUAACAGAAACUAAAUGCAUUGCUGAACUUUCUUAAUUGGAUUCCAGUUGCAAUUUCUUUCUCUCUAAUGAACUUUAUUGAAUUGCAGGUUGGUUUGGUACAUUGGCAGUUUUAUGCCAGUGCCGUUGAAUGCAAGAGAGUUAUCAAAAUCAGUUAUUUUCUGGUCCAAAGCUGAUCUGCUUAUCUCUGUUCUGCAUUGUAAAUAGGGAUAGAUUUUGGCUUUAAACAAGUAUAUACUUUAAUCAAAAUUCUUACAAUUAUUAUAAAAAUGUGUUAAAAUGUAAUUGCAUCUAAACAAUUAUUCAUUUUUUCAAAUGUGUUCACCCAAGUAUCCUUUUAAGGACAUGCACCUGCUUAAUCAAACAGUGAAUAAGAAUACUUUUGUCGCAGUAGAAUUGUAAAUACAGUAAUUACUUUUUCUAAACUUAAGAGAGUUUAUGUAUUUAAAACAUUAUCAUGAAUAAUCUUAAUAGCAAUAGGUGCAUUGGAAUUUACUCCUUUAUUGUUUUUUCUACCCCACAACCACUUUCCUCUAUGUAUAGAAUCUACCUGCUUUGGUAUUAUCUUUAUUUGUUAUUUCAGCUAUUUUAUCAAACUAAAUGCAGAAAAUUGUAUUGUUUUCCAAUGCAGGAAAAAAUAACAUUACAACUGCAAUUUAUUUGAACUACAGUAUGAAACCAAAAUGAGUAUCAAAUCUGAGAUCUGGAAUCGUCUCUAAAAUUUAUUCUUAAUGCUGGUUUUGUGGUUUUUGUCUUUUCAUAUUUUGCAAGAAUUUGGCUACCUUUUCCACCUAACGGUUCUUGUUAGUUGUCUGUCAGUGCUACUCAGGCAGACUUUAAUGGAAU